AUGGCCAUCCGGGGCUGGAUGGCCGCCGGCCGCGCUGUGCACCGAGGCCAUGUCUUCCACGCCAUCAACCGCCUGCGGCGCCGUCGCCUCCACCGCACAGGCCUGCAGGUCAUGGAGUGGGUGAUCAGGGAGCGGCCCUACAAGCUGAGUGAACUUGAUUACUCGUAUCUCCUAGAGUUCACGGCUAAAGUUCAUGGCAUUUCUGAAGCUGAAAGUCUAUUCCUCCGCAUACCUCAGGAAUACCGGAACGAGCUGCUCUACAAUAAUCUUGUAAUGGCUUGUUUGGAGUUGGGCUUGAUUAAGCUUUCAUACGGUUACAUGAGGAAGAUGAGGGAACUGUCGUUGCCAAUUUCGCCGUAUGUUUUCAACCGCUUGAUCAUCCUCCAUUCUUCUGAGGGGCGUAGGAAGACUAUCUCCAAGAUCCUUGCUCAGAUGAAAGCCAGCAGAGUGACCCCACACACGUCAACCUACAACAUCUUACUGAAAAUACAGGCCAAUGACCACAACAUUGAUGGAGUGGCAAGGGUGUUCAGUGAUAUGAAAAGAGCAAAGAUUGAGCCAAAUGAGAUAACCUAUGGCAUUCUGGCAAUUUCACAUGCUGUAGCAAGGCUAUAUACUGUUUCCCAGACAUAUAUAGAAGCCAUCAAGAAUUCUAUGACAGGCACAAACUGGUCUACACAGGAAAUUCUUCUUAUUUUGUAUGGAUACCUUGGAAAGGAAAAGGAGUUAAAGAUGAUGUGGAAUCUCAUGCAAGGCCUCCCUCAUGUCCGAUCCAAAAGCUUCACACUAGCAAUUGAAGCAUUCGGAAAGGUUGGCUCUGUUGAGCAGGCAGAAGAAAUAUGGCGAGAGAUUAAAUCAACAAGAAAGCUAAGGCUUACAGAACAGUUCAAUUCCAUGCUAUCAGUUUACUGCAGGCAUGGCCUUGUGGAUAAAGCAUCGGCCGUGUUCAAAGAAAUGAGAGCAAGUGGAUGUCAACCGAAUGCUAUUACGUAUCGCCACUUGGCAUUGGGAUGCUUGAAAGCAGGUCUUAUGAAACAAGCUUUGAACACAAUGGAUAUGGGAAAGAAAGAAGUCGUCACCAGGAAGGUGAGAAGUUCAACACCAUGGUUGGAGACCACACAUUUAUUGCUUGAAAACUUUGCAGAGAUUGGUGACUUGGAAAAUGCCAAGAGAGUUUUUGCAGAACUGAAUGAAUCAAAGUACUGUCGGAAUUCCUUUGUGUAUAAUACCCUUCUAAAAGCUUAUGUUAAGGCAAAAGUUUACGACCCAGAUUUUGUAAGGACAAUGAUUUUGAGGGGUGCAAUGCCCGACGCCGAGACACAUAGCCUUCUGAGACUGAUAGAACAGUACAAGACAUGAUAUUGUGGCUUUGAAGGAUCAGGAUGAAAAGGAAAACUUCAAUGUUUAGUUGAGCCAUUUCUUCAGAGCAUCAAUCAUCCAGUCUCUUUUUAUGGAGCAUGUGAUACAUGACCAUCCCAGCAUGUACACACUUCAACUGAUAAAGUGCACCUUUCAUUUGGUAUCCCAAACAGUUUGUCCAAGGUAAAAUGCGAACCAAACCCACCAAAAUGUGUAUCAGCACCAGCUCAAAUUAAGCAAAAGCCGUCUCCACCUAUAAGUCGAACUAAACCAAUUUCAGGAACCGUGGCUAUAGCUUAUGGGUUGAAAUCAGUUCCCCACCCAUGCGCAUGACAACUUAAAGCAUGUACAGUACAGCUUAUUACAUGCAACUGACAGCUUAAAACAUAUGGCAAAUUUCAACAGUUUAGUUCUUUUGCCCAAUCAGACGACAAAUAUCAUUAGCCAC